AUGCUAUCUGCAGCCGAGCAGCAGCUGCUGGACGGAUUCCAAGCACGACUCGGUGGCUCGGUCGGUGGCUUGGUCCAGGCCGUGGUGGGGAGCUCGGGAGGGGCGGGCGGUGUGGAGCUCCCGUACCCUGGCGGUGUGCAGCGUGUGGCCCGUCCGCCGCAGUCGCCGCAGCAGUCGCCGCAACAGUCGCCGCAGCAGUCACAGUCGCAGUCGCGUUCGCAUCGGCCAGGUGUGGUGUUUAUCCCGCCGUCUGCCGCAAGUGUGGCGAGCGGGGCGGCGCAUUCGGCGGAUGGCGGGACGGCUGGCUCGUCGCAGCUCGUCAUUCCGUUUGCGUCGCAGGUGCAAGGCCUCCGAAGCGGAGCUGAGCCUCCGGCUAGUAAUGGACGUUCGAGUCUGGUGGCGGUUCCGCUGCCGUUGGAUCCGCGCGAGCGCGAUUCGGCUCGUCAGUCAGAGAUUGAGGCGUUGCGGGCCGAGCUGCAAGAGGUGCGGGUGGCGUCGACGCAGCUGCAGCAUCUGAUGCUGGGCAAGAUGGAGGAGCUCAUUGCGCAAGCGCCUGGGGCGAGCGGCGGGGGUGGUGGGAGUAGCUCGCCUGACCGCAUGGCGGCGCUGAUGGCGCGGCUGCAGAGCAACGAUAUCACGCCGCACGGGAGGGCGCCGGCACGGCCGGUGACACCACCAUUGGCGCAGAGCUCGUUUGAGUCGUCGGGCGGGUUGCUCGACGAGACAUCGUAUGUUGGCUUCCGCGACUCGUUGCUGCAGGGCUCGAUUCGCAAGGAUGCCGACGGGGUGAUGCGGAGCGACGACGGGGUCCUUGUCGUCAACCGCGUUGUCCGACGGGCGGCGUGCUGCGGAAAGUCGUCGUGCGCGUGCGGCGAGCAGGUGUGGAGCCGGUCGCGAAGCCGGUCGCAGCGGCCGGCUCGAAGCAGCGGCCGCAGCCGCGGCCGGCCGGGUGGGCCGGUCACGCCACCGAGGGUCUCGCUCCGGCGGGAGCGUGUCGGCCGCAAGCGAGUGUCAACCAAGCGGGCGUCAGCGUUUGCGUCGCCGGGCAAGGUGCGGCGGUAUAACCGAGUAGCGGCGUCACCGCUCAAGCCGCCUGACCGAUCGACGUUUGCAUCACGGCAGCGCAAGGCCGAGACGCUGGCCAAGGCCAAAGCCAAGACGCGGCAUGGAAGCGGCAGGCGGCGCCGGUCGCGCAAGUCGCGCCCUUCGACUGCGCGCAGACUCGACGACUCGUUUGACAUGCACGACGUGGUGUAUUCGCCACCGGUUGUCGCAGACCACGUGGUCAAGGCCAAGACACGGCGCAAGCCGACGCGGUCGGAGCGGAUUGCGCGGCUGCCGCCGCGGGGCCCAGAUCCCAUUUCGCGUGGCCCGCGAGGCCGGGCCACCCGAUCGCGCAAGACGAGCAAGAGCCGCCGGCGAACAUCGUUCAAGACUCGGUAG